AUGAUCAAAUGGCUCUGGCAUGAUGGGUUUUACAAGGGAGUCGUUGGUUGGGGAAGCAAUGUGGAGCUGGGAGAUACCAGUCUGCCAUCAGACGCGUUUAAUUCGCAGAGGAAAUGGCACAAUAUGCCGCGACUUGAAGAUUUUGACCAAGUGGCAGCGUGUUUUAAAGACGAGUCGUGCCCUCCAAACUUUGUGGAAGAGAUGAUAGAGAAGCACAGCGAGCUGAUUCCGGGAGCAGUGAAGAAGAUCAACAAGCAACUUUUACAUGCCGGAGUCUCCCGGGAAGAGGUCGACAGGCUGGGCAAAGGACACGACUCGGGGAAUAAGGAAGCAUAUGCAAAGCUUGACAGGCUGGUUGAGGCCAGACGGAAGAUACCACCAGAAGGGAGGGUAUAUCGGGUGGUGUUUGGCAAGGUGGAUGGUAGAUGGCUGAGCCAGGAGGUCCCAGUGGAUGCUAACUGCACUCUGGCUGAAUUUGACAGCAAGACACGAGAGUAUAGCCUGGCUUCAUGCGAGGGCAGCGGAGUUGAUGCUAUGGUUGGCAGUGGCAUACCAAGGAUGAGCAAGAGGCGAAGCGAGAGUCAAUGGCUCUACAAGCUUGUACCAGCUGGCCAGAGCGUGGUUAAUCAGACUGAGGAAGGCUGGAAGAGACUUGAGACGCCGCAACACUUUGAACGCUUGAAGGAGAGGCAAACCCAACACAGGCCCAUGACAGUCCUGAUGUGUCGAGAAGAGAUGCUGCACCAUCUGAUGCUGGUAGCAGAUCCAGCCCCCGAGACCAAGCUCCAGACGCAGCCCGAGCCGUACAGAAGAAUCCUGCUUGGAACCCAGAGUGGCGAGAUUGCCGGAGACCAGGAGGAGAUCUUCCGCGUCGAGGCUGAGACGGAGGCCUGGGCAGCAGAGCAUGGCUUCGAGCACGUCGACAGGUCUACCAUAUACGCUCUGCACCCUCGUCUAAAGAACUGA